GUUUCCAGCGGAGCUCAGCAGACACUGCGGCAGAGUCUGGGAGCUCGACCAGUUUCUACUCUGCCUCCUGGUGCUUCUCGGCAAUGACACAUUGAGGCUUUUGGCUUGUUAGUCUGACACCAAGGCGUGAAGGAAACAUCGAGCUCCGGGCUGCAAAGCGAGCAUGGAUUCGGGCCGAUUUCAUCCCGUUUUCCACUUUCUCGUCUGGUUAACGGUCGUAUGGGCCCACGUGGAGCCUCCGACCAACGUGACCCUGCAGUGCCACAGCAUGAACAAUGUUCUGAAGUGGACUUAUGAGAAGCUGGAGCCUGGGCUUCAAUUUUGCGUAGAAAUCCGCUCAUAUUACAGUGUUCCCUACAAAGUUUGCGUGGAUGCACCAGCUCUACAGGCCAACCUGUCAGCUCUUUCUGAUCCAGAUGAAGCGUAUUUGGUUUCUGUAACAGCCGUGCUUGGUCAGAACACGUCUGAGUCUGCCCCUCCUGAAGGAAUCAGUUUCAGCUAUUUCAGGAACAGUCCUGAAUCUCAAAUAUGUUCUUUGGACCUCCCACCAGUUACAGUAACUGCAGAACCAGAUGACAAUGUUGCCUUCCACUUCAUUCAUCCCUGGAAGUGGUACAACCAACAACAGAAGAAGAGCAACAAAAAACGGGGCACUGAAAAUCUACCCGAAUUUAAGUACCAUGUUGCAGUCAUCAGCCAGCAGAAGUCCAAACCCAAAGAGUUCACCUGUGAGGAGGAUGAGUGUAAGGGCGAGGUCCCAGUGGACGCUGCACAGGAGAAACACUGUCUGAACAUCACGGGAGACCUGCAGAAUAUGGAAGUUACAUCUGCACGACUCUACUGCACCAUAUCAACACCCAUUCCAACUGGCCCACACAUUUCCAUCUACAUCGUAACCAGCGUGUUGGUCUUGAGUUCAGUCGCUGUGGUCCUCUUCUUGGUGUACCUAAAGAAGACUAGACCGUCAACUAAUUUUCCAAAGUCUAUGUUGAUCAACAAAAACAGUCCAGUGGAACCACCUCAAGACACGUUCUCAAUAGACAGAGCAGAGCCUUGCUCCUCACCCUCACCUCUGCUGAGCGGGCUAGAAGAAAGUGAAAUCACAGAUCCUGUUGCUCACCCUGAUGAGCCUGAAUUCCGUCUGCCACUUGGGGUUUCGACAACGGAUGAAGAUGCGCGUGACGUCACAGAGGCAGGGCACCCGAAUGGCGAGGAACAUGAACAUGUGAAAGACAACAGGUUUGAUGAAGAUGUGACUCUAAACAACAAUGUAGGCCACUCUGUUUAUGAGAAACGUGAACCAACAUUGGACGUUUCUCAUAAACAGAGUGAAGGCCCAUGUGUUUAUGAGAAACGUCCGGUGUUGGUUGAGUUAGCGCCAGGUGAACUGGCUGAGGGCUACCAUGGAGUUGGUAACCUCUGAACAUUGAAUGUUAUGUCAAAUGCGGUAGCUCCCUGCCAUCUGUAACUACAUGACAUUACAACUCAAAAACCUUAACUUUAAGAGGAGUUGUUUCAAAAUUUGAGCUAGUGCGAUUUGUGUUAUUUCCUUCUCAAUGCCAAGUAAGAGGCAAACCAGGAGUUUUCCUCCUGUCAGUGCACCUUAAAAUCAGUCUUUGCAUUGCCAUUUAUAUGUAAAGGCAGCUUUACAGGUAGUUAAAAUAAAAAAGGCCAUAGUAAUGACUAAUACCAAAUCAGAGCACACAAAAACAAGCCAACAUGACCCAUCACCAGUAUGUUAAUCACACCAUCUCUGAUAUUUGUCUUUAAGUUCUUAGAGUUUCUCACGGCAUGCCUAGCAGUGCUAUUCGGGGGAGAAAGCAUCUUGUAUGGGAAUUACAUACAUGGUGUUUUUAAGUAAGUGUUCAUUCUAAGUUUCAUCCUGUGGCAUUGAGGUAAAUACUAUUCAGAAAAUCAGCUGUCUUCAUUGCAUACUGUCCUGACUGUUGAGCUUCUCUUUACUCUGAUAUGCUUUAAAAAAACAAACAAACGUUGCUUCCAUCAGCUUGGGCAGAACGUAGUGGCCAAGAUGCUAAAGAACAGUAUGACUGAAAGAAAUAACACCUAAUUACGAAUUUAACUUUAGAUUGUAAUUUAAAACGCAGAGAGGCUUUCAUGGGUCUGUUACAUUUCAGAUCUUUUCAGGUCUGUGCUGGUCGGCUUCCUCAUUAUCUGUGAUAAAUAUUUCUGCUUGUUCUUUAGUGUACUGUAGACUACAUUUGUUUAUUUGUUUUUUGUUUUUUUUUAUAAGUGCUUUGACAAAAAAAAUGGUCAGCUGUCUUUUUUUGUUUCUAAGUCACUGCCUGUUGACUAUUGACUGUGUACAGUUGUCCUCCUGGGGAGUUGAGAUGAGAUGGAGGUGGUGAAGCAUUGGCGGGGCGAAAGGGAACAUACCUUAAAUACAUUAAAUACCUUUUUAAUGAACCAGCGAACAUAGUAUCGCUCAGCAAGCUUAUGGAACAACCAUCAUGUACAGACAUUCACAAACUCACUGCAGUGAAUCCUACACAUUGGCUUAAAUUAACAGACUGGACUUUGCUAAAUCCCCUUUCAAAGUAAAAUCAUAAAGAAAAAUAACACAUAAAUACUGUUUCAUAAAGAUCACUAUCUGUUGCAGUUCACAAAAGCAUUACAGGAGCUCACUAGUCAAAAUAUUCUAUUCAUUGUGAAAUAGAAAGCCGCCUAAAUGUUCUUACUGAUUUGCACUUCUGUGUUUUCUGUAUGAUUCAGAAGCUUUAGUUUAAUGGCUAAUAGCACCUUAAAGUUAAAUGUUCGUUAGAGCAAUGAAUUUUUUCCUGAGAUGAAAUGAAAUAUAUGUAUAGUUUAAUAUAGUCAAAAGAGGAAUUCGUCCUGGAAAGCAGAUUUGACAGGGUUCCUCAUACGGAGCUGCAGAGGAUUGUUAGCCCCGUCUUUCACCUGCUGGUUGAUCAGGAGAAGGAGAACAAGUUUGAAUUAUUUGAAUUAUUCAUUUAAUUUUUUUUUUGUCAACUAUGUUGCACUAGAGGAGGAAGGGAUGUGGUGUGUUAUUACGUAACACAUGUUACAUAUCUGUUAAACUUGUGCCUUAAUGUGGUUUACAGGCAGUUUUUGAGUUCAAUACAUUGUACAUAUAUACAAUACACUGCAUUUUGUGCUAAUGUACAGUAAUGUGCAAAAAUUUUAGACACUGAAAUGAAAGUGAGGAUGCUUUUACUGGUUUAUAUUAUCGGUUAACUUUAUGCAAAGUGCAGUAAACAGAAAAACUUAAAUAAGUACUUAGUGUGUCUGUCCUAUUGCCUUUUGUAACAGCACCAGUUAACAUGUGCACAGUUUUCCAAUGUACUCUGCAGGUAGGUUGUUCCAAGCAUCCUGGAGAACUUGACACAGUUCUUGAGGGUUUAGUCUGUCUCAGUGUCUUGUCUUUUUUUUUUUUUUGGCUGUAUGUUUGGGGACAGUUAUGCUGCAGACAGAAAUCAGCACUGAUUAGACGCCUCCCUGAUGGUUUUGCAUGAUUGAUAAAAAUCUGUACCUCAAAAGUACCUAAAACUUUUGCACAGUACUGUAUGUCAGAACCUUCCAGAUCUGUUAAUGUCCAUGCAAACGUAGUCUGGCUUAAUCAGCAUUAUUUUGCUGUUACCUACUUGUCUAUUUACCUGACUCAGUCUAUACCUAAUAAUCCUUGUACUUUCAUCCAUAAAAACUUUGCUCUUCUAUCUGUAAAACUACUGUUUGAUUUUUCUAAUUUAGUUUUAAGCAUUACUUCAAAUAAAAUGUUUGUAUUGUA